UGUACCACAAAGUCAGCGUUCAGGAUGUCUUUAAGUGUGUCUCAGGGCGAAGGGGUGACUGUCUUCACCUCAAAACCAAAAAGCAGACGGCCCACCGUGUGUCAGAUCCUGGGUAAUCUCUGCUACAGUCCAGCGGUUUUAAUACCUCAGGAUGUCAAAAAGAAAACAGUGUCCCGUCCAACAAUACUAGGGAUUGUGCAGAUUAUAGUUGGACUUCUCAACAUCAUAACAGGGAUUUUGUUUGUAAAAUGGGGAAUACAUGAUUACAUUAUGAUAUGGGAUUCUCCAUUUUGGCUUGGUGGUGAGUUCCUCAUAUCAGGAAUCAUGACUAUGCUUGCAGGCAACUAUCCAAGUUAUUUUCUGUUCACCCUCGCUGUGAUCCUGAAUGAAGUCAGUGCUUUACUGGCGAUAUUAGCUGUUGGACUGUAUUCAUGGGACUUGGAGAACUCAAGCUCUUCUUCGGCCUACGAUUACUCAUCAGCGCUCACCCCCAAACACAGGAGGGAAGCUGAUCCCUUACUGUUCUUUAAGGAUUCGGAUGUGACGGUCCGCAGAAUUCUAGAUAUCAUGAUGAUAGUUUUUGCCAUCCUUCAGCUCUGCAUGAACGUCACUUUCGUUGUCCCAGUUUUGAAAAAAUGUGCCAGGAAGAAUUCUCUGGACGACCCUCAACUUCACAAGCUGAUCCCAGAAGAGAUCACUGCCAAUCCUGCAUGUUAAAGAAAACAAGAUAUACAAACAGAAAUAUCUAAAUGAUAUUUUUUCUUGUCUUGUCUUGUCUUGUAUUGCAAUGACUGAUCUUCCUCUGUUAAAAGAUUUGCACUAACCACCAUUUCAAUUCAUGUUGUUUAUUUUACUCCAGUUUAGUUUGCUUGACCCAUGAUGAGCGUAUGCCAUAUUUGCCUUUUGCAUUUGACCGUCCGAACGGCAAUCUUUGGGAUCUAAAAGGGGUGAAAUUAUAAUGUAGCUAAUUGUGUAUAACAAUGUAUAUCAUUUUUAUUUGUAAUCAUCUAAAUAAAAAACCAAUGAUCAUUAUAGUCAAUUAAUUUACUUUUUUUCUUUCAAUCAAUUUAUACGUGAAUAAAAGAUCAAGCAUAAA